AUGGCAGGUCCACCGGUCCUUUACAUGGAACAGAACGUCGACACCAGCUCGCGAGAUAGUGAGACCUACAUGCAUCCUGACCGGGAGCUGUAUUUUGCAUCGGCACAGCGAGAGAUGGACUUUAGAAGGCAUCGCAUGGCACCGCUUAGUCGAGAAGAACUGCUGCUCUACGUGAACGUCCUGAAAGUGGAAUCGAAUGAUUUGAGCGAACUCAAUCUGGCAACGUUGAACACUCUCAUCAGGGCCCACGUCGAACGAAUACCUUUCCAAGGAAUAGACGCGUUCGUCGGGCAUCUGCCGUCUCUGGAUGACGACUCAGUAUUUCGCAAGCUGAUCGAGCAGCGCCGCGGCGGCUACUGCGUGGAGCUCAAUAACCUCUUCGGCAGGCUCCUAGAGACGCUGGGCUUCAAGUUCCACAUUCGGGCUGCCAGGACUCGAUGGGGGCGGCCGUUGAACACGCCGCUGACUCCCUUGGGACAUAUGCUCUUCUGCGUCGACCUAGGCGAUGAAGGACAGUACUUCGCUGACGUGGGCUUCGGGGGUCCCAACCCUUUCAAAGCACUACCUGUGGAAGGCGAAGCGGCGCCUUACAGAACGCGGAGACUCGAUGACGAGGGAAACGUCGAGGUGGCCAUAAAGUUGACGGGAAGCGGAAGUGCAUCGGCCACUUGGCGUCCCAUAUACCACGUGUUUUCUCCUCCACAAAAGUACAUCGACUUCGUGCAAACAUACUGGUUCGUUUCGCUGCACCCGCGAUCGCUAUUCCGUCACACGCUUGUGGUUGGGCGCUUCGUGGACGACUCUUGGCUGACGCUCGUUGACGGCCGCUUCAGUCGGCGCUUCAUCAGUGGGCAAGUUGAGCAGCGACGCAUCGCUGACGCGGACGAAUUGAUUGGCCUUCUCCAUACCGAGUUUGGCUUGAAGCUCGAUCCUGACAUAGACAUUGACCUCUUCAGAUGGCGUAUCAAGAGCAUUAUUUAA